CUCUUCCUCUUUCUCUGAUUUUCUCGAGAAAAUGUCUUCUUCGAUUGUUGUUUCUUCUCAAGAUGCGGAAUCGCUCGGUCUGCAAAUUUAUAGCCGCAAGGAGAAAUCUCUUGGGGUUCUCGUCUCCAAUUUCUUAAGACUGUAUAACCGAGACGAUGUGGAUCUGAUUGGGCUCGACGAUGCCGCUGGGCAAUUAGGAGUUGAACGGCGGCGUAUCUAUGAUGUGGUCAAUAUAUUGGAGAGUAUUGGGAUUGUGGCAAGAAGAGGGAAGAAUCAAUACUCGUGGAAAGGUUUUGGAGAAAUUCCUCGAUCUCUUAAUGAACUCAAGGAACAAGGAAUGAGAGAGAGGUUAGGUGACUCAAGUACCAACAACUCAGACAAGGUUUCAAAUGAUGGUGAAAGAGAAGAACCUUUAUGUUUAACACCUGAUGAUCAGGAAAACUCAUCAUCCUCUAAAAUGGACCAAAAGAAGGAAAAAUCUCUCUGGCUUCUCUCACAGAACUUUGUGAAGAUGUUUCUUUGUUCUGAUGAUGAUCUCAUCACACUUGAUAGUGCUGCAAAAGCCUUGCUGAGCGACUCUCAAGAUUCAGUCCAUAUGAGAACUAAAGUUAGACGACUUUACGACAUUGCAAAUGUGUUUGCCUCGAUGAAUUUAAUCGAGAAGACUCAUAUACCAGUGACGAGGAAACCAGCGUAUAGGUGGUUGGGGUCCAAAAGCAUAGCUGAAAAAGGAUCAAGCUUAUUCAAUUCUGAUGAACCGAAGAAGCGGGUAUUUGGAACAGAGAUCACAAACUUGAGAGCAAAGAGAAACAAAACAGACUGUUCAUCAAUCCGCAAGCAAAUUGGAUAUAAGAAACAUGACCAGGAAAACACAGAGCAGGAAUCGAAACCAGCUGUAAGUAAAUAUGUGUUUGGCCCAUUCUCCCCAACAGGAGCAUCUAAGACGAACAACAACAAUGUCGGAAAGGGAAGGUUACUAGAGAUCGAGGCCCUUGCUUCUACCUACCAACCACAGUACUGCAAUCAUGGUAACAACCACACUCAAAUCGUUACAUUCUUGAUUCCAUUUGGCUUCUAUAAGAUGGGUCUUCUUGGGCAUUUCACGGAGGCAUGGAAGAAAUGUCCUAAUCUUGGCAUUGAAUUUCCGACCAUCGGAAGCAGAUCCGCGGUUCGUCUUAUGUUCAACAACCAGAAUAGACAGCGUGCCAAGAUGUUACGAAGCGUUGAGAUUAGCGCCCUAAUCUUGGCAUUGAUUGUCCGACCAUCGGAAGCAGCUCCGCGGGACGUUUAUUGUUUGACAACCAGGAUAAGCAGAGUACCAGGAUGUUACGAUGCGUUGAGAUUAGCUGCGGGAAGAGAUUAUAGAUGGCUAUCAGUAGACUGUUGCAGAGCAGUAUUCGCAACACUUCCUGAGACUUGCGUCUUGACACUUAAGGCUAAGGAUACGCCCCUGUGUCCGACAGCAGCGAUAGAUAACCAGCCUGGAUGUUUCGAUGCGUUGAGAUUAGCGGCAGGCGACGCAGAUUUCCGAUGGCUAAAUAUAGAUUGUUGCAAGGCAGUGAGAACACUUCCUGAUUAUUGCUACUUGCUUGUUUAUCCUGGCAGAGCUUUCCCUAUUAAUAUCUUCAAAAGCAUUUCUCGGAAUGAGAACCUGUGUCCGACAACAGCGAUAGAUAACGUCCCUGGAUGUUUCGAUGCGUUAAGAAAAGCGGCAGGCGACGCAGAUUUUCGAUGGGUAACAAAAGUUUGUUGCACGGCAGUGAGAACACUUCCUGAUACGUGCUACUUGCUUGUUUAUCCUGGCAAAGCUUACCCUAUUCGUAUCUUCAAAAGCAUUUAAGCUCGUCUAGAUCCAAACCUAUUAUGCUCGAAUGAUCAGACAACGCCGAUAGCUAAUGAACCAGGAUGUUUUGAUGCGGUGAGAUUAGCGGCGGAUGAAGAUAUCAGAUGGCUAUCAAGAGACUGUUGCGAAGCAGUGAAAACACUUCCUGAUUGCCUAUUGCUUGUCUUUCCUACCAAAGCUUUAAAUACUAAUAUCUUGAAAAGCAUUUGUAUUAGAAAGUUCCCUGGAUCGAUUUUAUAACUUUGGUGUUUUUUCUAAUGAUUUAAUUGAAAAUGAAUCAAAAGUUACUUU